AAUCGCACAGUGUACACAUUUGUAGGGUCACCAGAGGCCAUUGUAGAGGGUGCCCUCAAUGGAGCAAGAGUGGCAUAUCAAGCCAUUGAUAUGAGGAGGCACAAAGGAGAACAUCCCAGGAUGGGGGCCCUCGAUGUAUGUCCAUUUAUUCCUGUUCAAAAUGUCACCAUGGAGGAAUGUGUGGAAUGCGCCAAGGAGUUCGGAGAGAAACUCGCCAUAGAGUUGGGAGUCCCAGUGUAUUUGUAUGCUGAAGCCACAGAAAAUCCCAAUAGAAAGUCGUUACCAUUUAUUCGACAAGGGGAAUACGAAGGACUUCCCGAGAAGUUAUCUCAACCAGAGUGGAAACCAGACUUUGGUUCACCAGAAUUUGUUUCAAAUUGGGGAGCCACGGUAACCGGUGCCAGGAAUUUUCUAAUUGCCUACAAUAUAAACCUCCUAGCGACAAAGGAACAGGCACACCGAAUUGCCCUCAACAUCAGGGAGCAGGGCAGAGGCAAAGAACAGUGCUAUGGAACAGGUUUUGAUGUGGAGGGGCAUUAUGGAACUAAAUGGCAAUAUCAGCCUGGUAGAUUGAAGCAUGUGCAGGCGAUCGGCUGGUACCUGGAGGAGGCUAACAUGGCCCAAGUGUCGGUCAAUAUCACUGACCAUGAAGUGACCCCUAUUCACAAAGUCUAUGAGGAAGUUCUCAAGGACGCAAAGGAUCUAAAUAUAGCAGUAUGCGGCUCUCAGAUUGUGGGCCUGGUUCCACUUAAGGCCGUCCUACAGGCAGCUGACUACUACAUGGAGAAGGAUAAUCUCUUUAUUCUGGAGGAGGAUCAAAAACUGAGACUGGUUAUCAAUAGAUUGGGUCUGAAUUCCUUGGGACCAUUUAGUCCUAAAGAGAGGAUUAUAGAAUACAUGAUUUUAGACGACGCUGAUGGAGGACCGCUGGUAUCUAUGAAUGUCAGGGACUUUGUGAUGACUGUGGGGUCCAGGUCUCCCUCCCCUGGGGGAGGGUCUGUAGCUGCCUUGGCAGCCAGCCUGGGUGCCUCAUUGGGCAGUAUGGUGGGGUUUCUUACCUAUGGAAACAGGAAGUUUUUCGAGCUGGACAGUAAAAUGAGAGAACUGAUACCCCCUCUGUACAAAGCCAUGAAGGAUCUGAUGCAGUUCGUGGAUGCUGAUGCUGCUGCUUACAGUGAAUAUAUGUUGGCAAGUAAAUUACCCAAAGAGACAGAGGAAGAGGAAACAAUGCGAGAUUUGGCCAUGCAGGAAGGCAUCAAGACAGCCAUACAGGUCCCAGUGACCGUCUCGAGAAUUGCCAAUCAUAUCUGGCCGACCAUUAAAGAACUAGCCAAAGCGUGCAACAUCAACUGUAAAUCUGAUCUUCAGGUUGGUGUGAGAAUGCUCGAGACUGGCGUGUGGGGGACAUAUUACAAUGUCACAACCAACCUGGCUGACUUAAAGGACCCGGAAUUCAAGACUCAGGUCAAGGAGGAAAUUUCAGCUGCAUUAAAAUACGCACAGGAGGAGUGUGCAGCAACACUGAAAAUCCUUGAGGCGCGGAAAGAAUAGACGAUGUGUUCAAAACGAAACCGCAAUACACCAGUUCAUGUCCGUCUGCCUAGACAUUCUGUUUGUUGUGAGAUGUGUGAUUUAAAAGGUUAUAAUUCAAUAGGACUGAAUGUUUAAAUACGGCAAUGUAGUAUUUAAGUCUUGUUUUUGCAUUUUAAAAGUUCCGUUCUUAAGAUGCUUUGAUUGUUUCUCAUGAUAAAUGUCUGUGUUUUGUUAACUACCGGGUACUUCAAGGUCAAGAUUUUUUUCGAAACAUGAAAAAAAAAUGUCAAUUAUUAAAUAUUUCUAUUUUUAUUCAUGUUUAACUAUAAUCAGAAUUUAAAAGUGCCCCAGGAAUAUUGUUGUUGUGAAAGUAGACUCAUUGCAGAAUUAGUGACUUAUGAAGUCUUUGUUCUUUUAAUUAGUACUGCUGACUGUUCAUUUUAUAAAUUGUGUUUUUGCCUCGUACAGUAUGCUUGUAUCACCAUGCUAAAUUUUCAUUCUUGUCAGUAACUGUAGUAACACCAUCAAAUAUAGGCAUCCAGUGAUUUAGGAAAAGAAUUUCGAUUUUUUAAUUAGAGUGAAAAAUUAGUAGGGAAAAAUGAGGAUAUCCUAUCCUUUGAUUGCGACUGGAACUUCCUUGUUUCUCCAUCCAUGAUGUAGAUUGAUGUUACAUGAACUUUAAACCAGCGUUUGUUUAUGUCGAGUUAUGUUUUUAAGUAAGCCUAAACUUAGAUUUGCUCAUGAAUUGCCAAGGGUAAAAGUGUUUGUGUCAAUUAUAUUCGCGAGUGAGCGUAUACUUUAUUGAUUGAUUAGCGACUCGAAGAUAAAGUGUUUGUGUCGGGUUACCGGUAUAUUCGUGUAUGAGCCCUAACUCUACUCUUUUCAUAUUAACAGAAUGACUGCUCUGCAGUGACAGAGGUGUUCACAAAUCUCACCAUUUUUUUCUCACUUGCGAAUAAAAUCUCCUUGACAGUCGCUGUAUAGGAUUUCAUUGUCUGAGACUUUGUCAGAAAUUAUUUUAAAAAAUAAUUGAAGGAUGCCAUGGUAACCAUGUAAAUAUUGUUUUUGUGAUUUCAGCUGAGCUUUAAAAAGGAUUUAGAAUAAUAUCAUGCUUUGUCAUGCGAAGUGGCCUUUCAGUUGUGCUUAUAAAGCAGUGGUAUUUUGUGGUUUUUGUUGCUGUAACAGAUCGAGUGCUGGCAUUGCGUAGUAAAUUUAUUAACAUGAAUCAUUCUGUAUUCAGAAGUCGAUUUUUUUCUGAAUAUCUGGAGUUUUUGUUUCCAUAUCUAGUAAUAUAGCAUUUAGAUUUUCAGUCAUUGAAUAUGAAAUUCCAUCAUUGAUACAUGUAAUUAGCACCUUUUAGUUUUAACGUUAUUAUGAUGGAGCAAGGAUUCGUCUUUUCUGACACAACAUACACGUAUUUUAAGAUUUUUAGUGGAUGAAAUCCAAUUUUUUGUGAUGAUAAUAUUUUCAAACAUUUUAUUUUUCUUACAUAAGAAGCAGAUCUCUUUGUUCUUUUUGUUUGUUUUUUGUUUAUAUGUGGGGAUCUUAGUUUUUAGGCAUUGUUAAAAUUGUUGGGAGUACUUUUUAUUUAAUUUCCCAUGUAAUCUUCAUACAAAAUGGCUGUGUACAUAUAUGUUUUGUUGCAUUUCGAUAUGAUAUGUGAAUCAUGUUUUAUUGAAACCACAGACACAAAUGUAAGGGUAACAUAAUUAUUAUUGAUAUAUUUAUUAUUGAUAACAUGCAUGUAUAACAUGAUGUUAUUAAUUAGGGUGAUUUAAUGGUGUGAUAUAUUUAUAGAAGUACUAACGAGUUGUUAGCUAGGAGUACACGUAUUGAUCGUGUAUAAAUGUACAAGUCUGUACGGAAACUUUGUGCCAUCAAUCUUGAAAUUUACGAAAUGAAGCGAGUGUGUAGAUUUCAGUUUAAUGUUGCUGUGUUUCUCUCUCCACUGCCUCUAUGGAUGAUCUGUUUAAUGUAAUAAAGAUUUUAAGUUGACUACUGGAACCUCAACUCCCUUUUCUAUUAUAUAAAAUCCCAAAAUUUUUUAAUAAUUUCCAACAAAUUAAAAAUAUUAAAGAGUUAAAGAGCAAUGUAUUUCAAUUUUCAAGAAUUUGUAAUUUUUUCAAAGAAAAAAAGUUUUGUUUCUCAAAUGGCAUUUUAGGCAAGGAGCUACCCCCCCCCCCCCCACCCCCC